AUGAAGCAAUCCGAGAUGAAUGAUGAGAUUAAGAGAUUGGCUGGAUUCCCACCUCUCGUCACCAUUCUCAGGCUAAUGAUUGGACCUAUGUGUUCCCAAGUGACAAGUACUUUAUACGGCAUUAUUAAUACAAUUUGGGUUUCAAAAUAUGUUGGAGAAGUUGGCAUGGCAUCAGUGGCUCUCGAUAUUGCAUGGGAAGGUAUAGCAAGAUCGUUCGACUUGUUCUUAUUGACAUCUGGCAGUACACAGAUCGCUGCUUUAUUUGGCAAAAAUCAAUCUGAAGAAUGCGGACAAGUUAUAUGUGAUUUAUUGCGAACAGCUCUCAUUUUCGGUUGUAUUGUUCCUGCAAUACUUCUUCCUAUCAACAAACCUUUGAGUAGAUGGUUCGGAGCAAACCCUGAAACAAUUCAAGGAGCUUAUGAUUAUAUGCUACCACAAGGCGUAGGAAAUGUAUUUACUUGCAUCUUUCUUGCAUGUUGCGGCUUCCUUCAGGCAGAAGGUCGUACUUUACUUGUCGGAAUUAUUGAUCUUGUCUGUUUAGGCAUCGGAAUGGGAGUUUUGAAUCCAAUAUUCUUAGGUGUAUUCAAGUUCGGUGUUAUGGGACCUGCAAUUAGUACAAUUAUUGCAGAUGGAGUUCCAGGAAUACUUUUGACCAUUCUAUUCUUUAGCGGUAAGUUCGGUGUCAAGCCAAAACUUAGUGGCUUCUUGAAGCCAUUCUCAAAGCACACAUUAGAUUCUCUUUUGGUCGGAAGUUCCCAAUUUAUGUCUCAAAUUUCUUUGAAUUUGCCAGGUGUUGUUGUCAGAAAACUUAUUGGUCUUUCAGUAUCAAAUGCUAGAGACUACGAGUUGGCCAUGUCUGGCUUCAAUGUACUUUGCAGAUAUGAUAAUAUUAUUAAUUGCGUAGUUCUUGCAAUUUGUUCUGGAUACUUACCACCAGCAGCCUAUACUUAUGCUGCAGAAAACUGGAAGAGAUAUCUGAGACUUUCAUUACAUUUAGAAUGGAUUUCUUUUGUUUGGUGCAUUGUUACAACAAUCUUUCCAGUUUUCAUGCCUGUAACAAUUUAUUGGUAUACAUUUUAG